AUGACAGAAGUGAAGAUUCCAUCAAAGUUUUUUCAAAAUUGGAAAGAAAUUUUACAAGGUUUAUAUCCAGGUAAGCCUAAUUUUACAGAAGAUAAAUGGCCCAAGGAUUUAGAUGACAAAGUAUUAAUUAUAACUGGAGGUAAUGCUGGAAUUGGGUUUGAAGUAGUUAAAAAGUUAUUUGAAAAUACAAAUAUUAAAAUUUAUAUUUUUGCAAGGAAUGAAGAAACAACUAAAUCAAAAAUUAAUGAAUUAAUUAAAGAAAAUAAAACAAAAUCGAAUCAAUUAAAUUUUAUACGAGUAGAUUUAGCAGAUCUUACCACAAUAAAACCUGCAGUGGAUGAAUUUUUAAAAUUAGAAAAAAGAUUAGAUAUUAUUAUUCAUAAUGCUGGAGUAAUGAUGCCUAGAAAAGGUGAAUUUACAAAACAAAAUUUUGAAUUACAACUUGGUGUAAAUUGUAUUGCUCCAUUUUUAUUACAACAUUAUUUAAAUCCUAUACUUAUAUCAACUUCAAAUUUAUCAAAAUCUACUUCAUGUAGAAUAGUUUGGGUUGCAUCAACUGCACAUUUUUGGGCACCUGAACAUGGAUUAUACUUUCCAGAUCCAAAUUUUAAAACCACAAAUGAACCAAGUAAUUUAACAAUAUAUUCUCAAUCUAAAGCAAUUUCAAUUAUUAUAGCAAAACAAUGGUCAUUACAUCAUAAAAAUAGUUCAGUGAUUAGUGUUGCUUUAUGUCCUGGAUAUUUAAAAACUGGUUUAAGUAGAAAUUUAAAUAAGAUUGAGAAUUUUUUUGGUGAUUUGAUAACUCAUGAUAGUUCUUUAGGUGCAUAUACUGAAAUAUAUGCUGCAUUAAGUCCAGAUGUUGAAAAUGGUGAUUAUAUAAUUUCAUUUGGUAAGAAGGGGAAUUGUAGGACAGAUUUGAAUGAUGUUGAAAAUAGUGAAAAAGUUUGGAACUAUCUUGAAGAACAAAUUGAACCAUAUAUCAGCAAAUAG